GAUCAACAUGUCUGGUGUACAAUACAAAGUUGCUGACAAAGUCUUCCUCGAGAAGCAAAAGGACAUUCUCCGUCUUUUCCAACAUGUGCAUCAGCCAACCUACUUCAAGGAUUUGAUCGAGGUUGCCAAGACCUUCAAGUUCGAAGGACACUGGGAUCAAUGGACUAAGCCUGAAUAUGUCAAGGAGUUCUGGCAAUUCUACCAAGAACAGGAUUUCUUGAAGCAAGAUGAAAUCUUCUCUGUUUUCCAUCCAGAGCACUUGAAGCAAGCUAUCGCUCUCUUCAAGGUGUUCUACUACGCCAAGGAUUUCGCUACUUUCUACAAGAGCGCCGUUUGGGCUCGUCAGCACGUCAACCCAGGCAUGUUCGUGUAUGCUCUUUCCGUUGCUGUCUUCCACUGCAAGCACACCGAGGGAAUCAUUUUGCCACCAAUCUACGAAAUCUUCCCUCAUUAUUUCUUCACCAGCGAAGUCAUCACCAAGGCUAAGCAAUACAAGCAACACUACUGGGGUACCUACGAACACGAAGUAGAGCACAAGGAAAAGUCUGGCUACGCUAUUAACGCCGACUACACCAAGCACACCGAAGAAUGGAUGAGCUACUUCACCGAAGACAUUGGCAUGAACGCUUUCUACUACUACAAGAACAUCUUCAUGCCUUUCUGGUUGGACCACGAUUGCAUUAGGUUCGAUGCCACCAAACGUGGUGAAUGGUUCCACUAUUACCAUAACCAAAUCUUGGCUCGUUACUAUUUGGAGCGUCUCUCCAAUGGUAAAGGUAAAAUCCCAACCAUCAACUACGAGGAACCAACCCAAUUUGAGUACUACCCAGCUCUUUCUUACUUCAAUGGAAAACCAUUCCCAGCCAGGCCAAAGAACGCUAAGCUCAAUCUCGAUGUAGAAGAAACCGACUGUUCCUUGAAACACUUCUCCUACUGCUACACCCAAGUAGAAGACUACGAAAGGCGUAUUCGUGAAGCCAUCGAUAUGGGAUGGGUUUACACUCCAGAAGGCAAGAUCAUCUACUUGUACACUCAAGAAGGUUUCGAGACUCUUGGAAAGAUUGUUGAAAGCGAUCCAGAAUCUCCUCAUGUCCGUUUCUACGGUUACUUGCAAAUGGUAACUCGCCAUCUUCUGGGCUACUCCCAUCACGCUCUCGCUCCAUCCGUCUUGGAACACUUCGAAACUUCCAUGCGCGACCCAAUGUUCUACCAAUUCUGCAAGAGGAUGAUGUACUUCUUCAAGAAACAUCAACACCAUAUGGGACCAUACGAGAAGCAACAUCUCUUCAUGCACGGCGUCAAGGUCGAAGACUUCCAAGUUGACAAACUGGUGACCUUCUUCGAUCAAUACUUCACCGACAUCAGCAACGCUGUUACCGUCGACGAGAAAGAAUUCCAACAGAAAUCUUUCGAAGUUUACGCCCGUCAAUUCCGUCUGAACCACAAACCAUACAACUACAAGAUCCAAGUUUCCAGCGACAAGUCUGUAGAUGCUUUGGUCAAGGUCUUCAUUGGACCCAAAUACGACGAAUUCGGUCACGAAGUCGAGAUGAAGCACAACUACAUGAACUUCUUUGAAUUGGACAGGUUCAAGUAUACUCUGAAAUCCGGAAAGAACGUCAUCGAGCGCAACUCGCACGAGAACAAAUUCUUCAACCAAGAGCAUUUCACUUUCAAGACUUUGUACAACCAAGUUGAAAAAGCUUUGACCGGAGGAGAAACCUUCAAAUACCAAUUGCCACAGGAAUACUACACCUUCCCACAAAGGCUUAUGCUUCCAAGGGGUGAUGUUUCCGGAAAAACUUACCAAUUCUUCGUUGUCGUCUCGCAUUACGAACAACCAAAAUCUGAUGCUUUCUGCCAUUUCUUAGUCGACACUCACUACUCCAUGAGCUACCCAUUGGACAGACCAAUCGAAUUCGAACACGAAUUCUGGGUUCCUAACUUCUUCUGCAAGGAUGUUAAGGUCUACCACGAAGAGCUCGUCAACGAGAAAGAAUUUACCUACAAAAAAUUCUAAUUGAUUUCUAAACUGCAAUGAAUAUGACAA